GGUGCGGGGGGAUUGCCGGGUGGGACUUGCACGUUUCCCGCCGGGCAGGCUUUGGAGGGGUCUCAGCCUCCGAUUUUCCCUGUCAAAGAGGCUUGUCUGAAGUUGGAGGUCGAGGCGUACGUUUCUGCGCUUGUGGCUGGCAAGUGACAAGAGAAACUGAGAACUCCAGUCAGGGCAAAUACAGCAAGGAAAUGUGAACCCCAGGCCUCAGAAGAAAGAAUCAUUGAAUGGCUCUCACUUGACAACAUGCACCACCAGUGGCUUCUGUUGGCCGCAUGCUUCUGGGUGAUUUUCAUGUUCAUGGUGGCCAGCAAGUUCAUCACGUUGACCUUUAAAGACCCAGAUGUGUACAGCGCCAAACAGGAGUUUCUGUUCCUGACAACCAUGCCAGAAGUAGAGAAGUUGCCAGAAGAGAAGCACUUUCCAGAGGACCUGAAGCCACCGGAGAAGAUGUUUCCAGGCAGCCAACUGGGUCAACCCCUGGUCUAUCUGGAGCGCCUGGAACUCAUCAGAAACGUCUGCAGGGAUGAAGCCCUGAAGAAUCUCUCGCACACUCCUGUCUCCAAGUUUGUCCUGGACCGAAUAUUUGUCUGCGACAAGCACAAGAUUCUUUUCUGCCAGACUCCCAAAGUGGGCAACACCCAGUGGAAGAAAGUGCUGAUCGUUCUAAAUGGUGCAUUCCCUUCCAUCGAGGAGAUCCCUGAGAAUGUGGUACACGACCACGAGAAGAACGGCCUCCCUCGCCUCUCUUCAUUCAGUGACGCAGAAAUUCAGAGGCGAUUGAGGACAUACUUCAAGUUUUUUAUUGUAAGAGAUCCCUUCGAAAGACUUAUUUCUGCAUUUAAGGAUAAGUUUGUUCACAACCCCCGGUUUGAACCCUGGUAUAGGCAUGAGAUUGCUCCUGGCAUCAUCAGAAAAUACAGGAGGAAUCGGACGGAGACCCGGGGGAUUCAAUUCGAAGAUUUCGUGCGCUACCUGGGUGACCCGAACCACAGGUGGUUAGAUCUUCAGUUCGGGGACCACAUCAUUCACUGGGUGACGUAUGUCGAGCUCUGUGCACCCUGCGAGAUAAUGUACAGUGUGAUUGGACACCACGAGACCCUGGAGGAUGACGCCCCGUACAUCUUAAGAGAAGCAGGCAUAGACCACCUGGUGUCAUACCCGACCAUUCCUCCGGGCAUUACCGUGUAUAACAGAACCAAGGUGGAGCACUAUUUUCUGGGCGUCAGCAAACGGGACAUCCGACGCCUGUAUGCACGUUUUGAAGGGGACUUUAAGCUCUUUGGAUAUCAGAAACCAGAUUUUUUGCUAAACUAAUGCAUAGGUCCUGUGAAUUCAGAUGUCUUUGUUAGGCCAGGGGCUAACCAGGUGGAAAUCUGAGCACAGAAAUUACACGUCCUCCACCACACCCCAACUUUUAGGACUCCCCAAGUCUCCCAUGGGCCUGUGAUGCUGGGCCCCAACUGUUGCAACUUAGUUUGGAUAUUAAGCUGCUCCAGGGCCUCCACCCCAUACCCUUGUCUAUGUUGUUGAAUGCCACCGACCUUUGCUCUUCUCAGAGGGGAGAAAAGACUGAACGCUGGCAGUCUGACAGAGAGGAGAUAUCACACGAUGUUAGGGGUCCUUUCUCAGUUGUCAGAGAAAGGGGAGCACCCAAGGCUGUCCUGGCAGGUCAGGGGUGGUCUUGCCUGUCACGGGUGGAUCACAGUAAUAGCGCUUUCAAGAGGGAUAGAUAAGCAAGAGGCUUAUGCAGCAUCAACACUGAGAAGAAAAAAGACAUCUCUGGCUUUCCUCUUGGCGCUGCUAUGACCGUGGAGGCAAACCGUUCUUUCUGUGAAUGUUUUUGUUCCUGUGACAUCAGAGGUGGCCAGAGGAUGAUUUCUAGUGACCCUUCUUUUCAGAACCCAUCCCUUUGUGAUGCUGGUCCAUGUUUUUGGACCUGUGUCUGCCAAGUGCUUAACUCAUUCAGCACAGGAGACACAUAUAUGGAAAGUGCAGGGAGAGUAGGUUCUUCUACCUGAGAAGGGGAAUGUCUGGGUGUCUUAAAAGAAACCUAGCAUGGGAAAGAGAACUGGUUGGGCCUUGGAGCUUGGGCUGCUGUGGAUUUGGGCACAUCUGUCCUGACUUGUCCCACCUGGAUGGGCAGCAGGGGGUCUCCACCUGUUUCCUCCAGGUACCUCCCCUGGGACCAAAGACUAGCAGGGCCAACAUGCCAGCAUUGCAGAAUCCAGUGCAGUUUACACAUUUCAACUUCCUUUCAUCUCAGCAAGAUGUGCAACACUGGCCCAUUUCUAAUAAAGCCACUGUCCUCGACUCUGUGGCUAGAAGGUGGGUAACCAAGUUCACCAGCAAUAAAAUCCAGGCAAGGUGGCCUCCAGGCACCGAGGUGAGCAAGCCACAGCAACCGUUUCAGAUACCUUUGCACAGCCAGAGCCGCUGAGAGGUGCCGGGACAAGGACCGUUUCCUGACAUGUGUCUGUGCCAUUCCGCUGAGCUAGGGGCCGUGGGAGCCGGGGUUUCCUUAAAGGUGGCCUUAACCUUCUUGUUCUCAACAUGGUCUCCUGAAUUUGUAAAUGUGAAAGUAAAAUAAAAUUCAAAAUAUGUGCCAAAUCUGAUACGCGUAGCACUGCAAGGCUCUGGGAUGGUGCACCUGGCUGCGCAUGCGCACGCGCACACAAGCAGCCCUGUGGGACCGCGGGAGGGAGGCGGGGCUCUGCCCUUCCGACACUGACGUGCUGAGGGUGCUACAUGUGAGUUGUUUUCCUGUAAAAGGUAGCAAAGUCUUAUGCAAAUUCCAUUCCUAAUGGGCUGGUUGGUUACUUCUUUCCUGUUUGAAGUGUAACACUGUUGGAUGAUGUAUGUGAAUUUAAGGUCUUAAAGUUAGUCCCAAUUAAAGUAGCAUUUUCUCUCAGAAACCAAA